ACUGGUUCGACAAUCACUAUACUACAACAUUUGUCUUAGGAGCCUUGAAAACUCCUAACAUCAGUAAUUAUUGCAGAAAACUCAAGCUCUCUAAUCCCAAAGGGAAGGUUGCUGGCUUAUAAGAACUCUGAUAGCUUGUCGAAGUUGGCUUGGCGUAAAGUUGCUUAUAAAGUUUUGUCCAAAAGUGUUAAACGUUUGAGUGCAAGUUCGUGGACAUGAGAGAGUUAUGAAGUGAAAGGUUUUGUGCUGGCCAUAAAUUUGUGAGCUAUGUCAACAGUGCCUAUGCUUGGUAAAACUUUGGGAAAACCAUGCCAGGAAACCUAUUCUGCAGAUCCGUUAUGUCUACAUUGGGACUCAACAUGGGCUCCGAUAAUUACUGAAGUGUUGGAGGUGGAGAAGAAAAAUAGUGUGAGUUUUUACUAAAAUUUAUAAAUUUAUUCGUACUGUAUUGUUUAGAAAGAGGUUUAUAAACAUACUCCUUGAAAAAGGGUCACAAGCAAGCGCCUUGGUAAAGAAUAUGAAGUGUUUAGAUAUUUUAGAAUAUUUUUCAUUUUGUACUUUUUCUGUAACACGUUGCUUGCAUCAUUCACACACUAGCCCUUAACAUUCACAUUAGAUUAUUGAGAAUGGUUGCUCUGUUUCUUCUUGGAUUGUGUUUUGUGUGUGAACUCGCAUCUUGUGUUUUGUGUGUGAACUCGCAUGUUUCACUUCUCUUAACACUUUUCUUGUGUCAUGCCCUCAUUAGCUCAUGCCAUUCACAUGAGAUUACUAAGUUAACUAUAUUGUUUCAUAAUGGUUUAUAAAUAAGACAUUUACAGAGACUUAUAAAACGUUGUUUAUCCUUGUUACAGGGUGUGGUUACUACAAUGUUUGGAUUCUCUGAGGAAUUCAAACAUUUGGUGAACCCAACACAUCCUGAUGAUAAGGACUAUGACAUUGUUGUACAACUAGUUCAACAAGGAUACAAAGUGAAGAAAAGCGAAUGGGAACAAGGAUUUGUGGAUGUUUUUCUUACAACAGAAGACAUUGGUCGACAAAGCAGGACAGAAGACAAAGAUGUACAGCAAAAACUCUAAGGUCAUUGUGUUUUUGAUGUUUUAUAAGACUUUCUGAAAUUUGAAAUUGCUAAGUUAUUUUAAUUUUAUAAGCAUUUAUAAAUAUCUUAUUUUUGUUUGAAAUAGGAGCAAACACAAGAUGAAGAAGAACAACAAGUGAAAGCUGAUGCUGAAUUCGGCGACGGUGAUAAAGAAAGAGAAACUUAAAAAAUCAAUGAAGUAAGCUAAUAUAUAAACCCUUAUAAAUUUGGACUAUCAUUUUUUUAAAAUUAUAAGCCAUCAUAAAUUUGUUAUUGUUUUUUUCUUCUUGGAAUUAGGGGCAGACACUUGAGGAAGAAGAAGAAGAACAAAUGGAAGCUGAUACAGAAGUUGAGGAGCCCGUGCAAGUUGAAAGGCAGAAACAAGGAAGAGGAAAUAAGGAACAAGAGCAUAAGAAGAAUGAAGAGAAAAGAAAAGAUGAAGCGUAUGAGAAAGCUAAGGAGAAAUUUCAAGAUGACGAUGGUUCCAAACUCGAUAAGUUAAUCCAAAUACUUUAUGAUUUGAAUAAACGAGUAAAAGUAAUCGAGAAUGUCUUAGGAUUGGUACCUGGCGGUUAUGAGAGUCCAUGCAACUAUGAUGAUACAAAAGGUGCACCAAAUGAUGAAAAUGAAGAAAAAGAAAAUUCUGGUGGUAAAAGAAAUGCAACAGAUGAUGAAAAUGAUGAUGAAGAAAUUUCUGAUACACAACAACUGAUGGAAGUGAAUAUUCUUGGGGAAAAUGAGAAUACAUAGAAAUCACUUCAGACGAAGACACUGAAAAAAGUGAAGAAAAAAGAUGCAUGAAAAAAAGUCAAAGGUACAAUUCUAAAAAGAUAGAAUAUAAAGGUUUAUAAAUUUUUUGAUAUUAAGCUUAACUAAUCUUAUUUUUUGUAGAUGACGUCGUCUACUCCAGCAUUCACUACUCCAAACUUUGUUAUAAGGGUAUAAAAUUUAAUAUAUUUGAUAAGGCCUUGUAAAUUUUAAUGUAUAAAGCUUAAAUUUAUAGUUGCUAAAUAAUUUGUUUACAGAUUACAUCGCCUAUAAAUAAUUAUUCGCAAGAGAUGAUUAAAACAUUUAUAAGCAUUAUCUAAGGAUUCAUAAACAAUAAUGUAUUACAAGUUAUUAAAAAUCACUUAUAAACCUUCGUAAAACUCAGAUAUACUAGUUUAUAAAGUGUUAUAUAAACUCGGAGAUGAAAAUUUUAAACACAAAAAAAAUGAUAUGUAAAGGCUGAUAAAUAACUUAUAACCUCUUAUAUAUCUUAUAAUAAGAUUUUAGAAAGCAUUAUGAAAAUUAAUGAUAAAAAGUUUUAAAAGUAAAUCGGUGAUAUAAAUACAUGAAGAUUCUCGUUACUAAUUUUCUUAAAAAAGAAACUAGAGUAAAUGUAAAGUACAAAUGAUUUACAGCUUACAUUCACUUAUAAAAAUACGUGUUAGACAUAUAUAUUACAGAAAGACAUGUGUCUUGUUUCUCUUAUAUGUAUCAAGAACAUAUAAAUUACAUAUAAAAACAUGUGUCUUCUCUCUCUUUCUGCAACUCCAAUCUUCUUGAACAUUGUGUUUUCCUCUGAAAACAUAAAAACAUAAGGCUAAAUAUAUAUAAUCUUUUACGGUUUCUUUUAUAAGGCCUUAUAAAUAUAAAAAUUGUAAUAAAUACUUCAAGGGGGUUACUAUUUCCAGCAAUAGGCAAAUCAUGAGUAAUUAAAACUUCAUCCUAUGUCUGAAUCAUAUUUGACACAAUCUUUGAUGAUAAUUGAGUUAUUCUCUGAAACAUUAACAAAAAACAUAAAGCUAAUAGUGAAUCUCCAAAUGACAUCAUUAUAUUUAUAAGGUCUUAUAAAUUUAAAAGAUGUAAUAAGUAUUGCUAUGUCAUACUUCCAGCAAUAAGCAAAUCUUGAGUACUACAUACUAUCUUGUAAAAUAACUAACUGAUAACUAUCAUAAACGAAAACCUUAACAAGGAGUUCCAUGUAGUUACCGUAAUGGUUACACAUAGAUGAAGGCCUCCAUUCUCUUGAAGUUUGUUCAGAUAUGAUGAUACUUGACUAUCAUUCCUAAUAAAUACUGGAGGAAGCUCUUUUGAACCAAAGUUAAACUUUGAAGGUGAGACAUAGCUAAGAUUUAUACUGUUUAACUUGGAAGGUGAGACAUCAAUUCCAAAAUCUUCUAAAACAACCCCAAUCAAAUCAUUGUAGCUGAUAUCUUCAUGAAUCAUACUAAGAGAAGAUCCCAUUUCAUCAUCGACUAUGAAAUCCCAGUGAAUUAUAUUUAUUAGUUUUCAUUCUCCACGUAUAGAACACAAUUCGAUCGUCAUAACCUGAUUAUAAGAACAUGGGGAUUAGAGAAGGAAUGAUCAACAAGAUAUAUCAAAAAAAAAUACAUAACACUAUGUUCCUCAUCGAUAAAAAUUUAUAAGGUUUUAUAAAUCUGUGAUUUGAAAACUUAAUGAGAAAAACUUCGCCUCCUUCCAAAAAACCGAUCGAUUUUGAGAAACCAAGCAAAAAAUACAGAAAAUAGACGAAAAUCACUAUCUAUUAUCCUCUAACCUUUGUUACGCGUUCGUGAAGAGAGAUGUUCUGUUCGUUUGAGCUUGUAGUCUUCGCCAAAUCUCGUCGGACGUCAAUGUCGUCGGAAUCGUCAAAUCUCGCCGGGAAAAUCGUCGGAGUCGUCGAAUCUCGCUGGAAUCGUCGAAUCUCUCGCUGGGGUCGUCGAUCAAUUUGGGGAUUUUGAAAAUUCUGGUUGGAGAAGACAUAUGUUUAUGUUUGAUUAGAUAAGGUAUAAUGGUACUUUACCCACUAAAAUUUUAAUGGUAAAGUUGGUUAGUGUAAAAGUUGAAAAGUGGUAUUAGAAAAGAGGUAUUAGUGACAAUUCCCCAAUAAUAAAUAUCUAUAAGAAGAUUAUGCCCGCAUGUGCGGGCAAGACACCUAGUUUAUUUUUAUUAUACACGAAUUCACAUAUGUGGAGGAUAUAUA